AACUGACCAGCCUCCAGGCUGUCUCUUUGCCAAAAUACACCGUGCACCCUCAUCUGGCGUCCCAUCUGGCGUCCCAAAAGUAUCUUACUCGUCAUUUACCGGAGCUCGGCUUGGAGGAGAACAUGGAUAACAUCGCCCAGUUGGGCGACCCUCUCGCGAUUAAUCUCCGAAAGCAAACGGCGGUCCUCCUGGCUCAGAUUCCAGAAGGCUCACCUCACACCCACACACUCAAAAGCGCAUCUAGCAAGACUGAGCUCCUCAAUGCUCUGUCAUGUUUGCUCUCGCUACCCGCAUACACGAAUGCUGUAGCAGUCGCUUUUCGGCCCAUCCUACUUGAUUUAUGCGCGCGGUGGCUACACGAUGAGGAGAACGAGCUGGAGAGGUUCGAGGCGCUCUGUCUCUUGCUGGAGAUUCACCUAGAACUAUAUCCCGUACUCGCGGCGUUCCUCCGCCAUCCAAAUAGACGAGAAGGCCCUUUGGCCUAUGUCGCGCAAGCGAAUGAUAUACCGUCGCUCGACGCGAGCGUUCUGCAUCGUCAGCUCCUUGCGUACUACCGUAUCCUCCAGGCGAAUCGUGACCUCCCCGAGCACCUUGCUUGGCCUAUAACUCCUCUCUCAAAAUUGGUCUACACUCCGCACCCGGACACUGGCGUCCGACUUCUCGCUAUCCGCUGUCUCGCCCUACAGACGGGUAUGAUGGAGGGCAAGCGCGGGGACCUGGAGAAGGAGAUCAUUGGGGACGUCGCCGAGGUUGACUGUCCCAUUGGGUACGGGACGAACCUAGACGGGAGCGCAGUGAUGAUGGACGGUUGGGUGAUGCCAGCCGUCGAGGAGAUGCGAAUCAUAAACGCGCGGAACGCAAUCCUCGAGCCCCGCGAUUAUUUCUCAGAAGAUGAGAACGAGACUCAUGAGCCUAUUCAUCCAGCAGAAUUGAGUCCAUUCAUAGCAAACGUACACGAUGUGCUGAUGCUUCGCUCGACGCCAGCCGCGUCGCAACUUCCGACUUCUUUCGUAGAAACAACCUCCGCUGUGCAGUCGCUGAGAACACUCGCGCUGCACCACUCCCUCCGUGUUCCUACGCUCCUCACAUCAGCACCCUCGUCCGGGAAGUCACUCUUACUCUCCCAACUCGCCUCAAUCCUACACCCGGACGCACGCAACCAAAUCAUCACCAUUCAUCUGGCAGAUACGUCGCUUGACCCUAGGUCUCUGCUGGGCUCAUACGCGUCCUCGCCCACCAAUCCCGGCACGUUCGAGUGGAAGGAGGGCGUACUCGUGCGCUCCAUGCGCGAGGGCAAGUGGGUCGUCUUCGCCGACAUCGAUCGAGCGAGUUCGGAGGUCCUGGGCGUCAUCAAGCCUCUCGUCGAGUCCCUCGGUCUCGACAAAUGGGUCGGCGGGCGCGCAGUACUGGACGUACCGAACCGCGGGACCGUCGUCGCGGAAGACAGUUUCGCAAUCUACGCUACCCGAUCCUCUCUCCCUCGCAGAAACGGUACCUUCGCAUCACCUACGUUCUUCGGUGCGCACAGGUUCCACGAGAUGGUCGUAGCUACCCCGAGUGCCGAAGACCUGCGCCUGAUCGUGGAAACGAAGUUCCGGAGACUGGCCGGCGCUGCAGCGGUCGGCUUGAUUCGUCUCUGGGAGGCGGUGAAGGCGCUUGGUACGGCGUCGUCGCUGCGAGAUGUCGGUCUCCGCGAGUUGGACAGGCUCUGCACUCGCGUCGAGCAUAUCAUCCCCGCCUCGCAGCAAGCGAUGGACGUCGAUUUAAACGAGCAACCCUUGACACUCCCCAUUGUGUUCCCGCACCCGACUGUACGCGAGGAUAUCUACCUUGAGGCCCGGGACGUGUUCUUCGGCCAGGGUGCGACCGUUGCAUCUGCGCGUGCGCAUCUCGAAGCCGUGGUGGCGGUGGUCGCCGAGCACCUAGCGCUCUCUCCCGACAGACGAGACUGGCUCUUGCAUAGCCGGACGCCGGAGUUCGAUGUCGAGAAAGACGUGAACGGACGGACGACUGCUGUCCGAGUUGGCUCAAUACGCCUUCGUGCACGAAUCGUCAAGUCGGCCAUCACAGCCCCGCCCACGCGCCCUUUCGCUAUGCACAAGCCCGCUGUGCAGCUUCUCAACCGCAUCGCUACCUCCGUCUCUCUAAAUGAACCUGUUCUCCUAACGGGUGAGACAGGUACAGGGAAGACGAGCGCGGUCACACACCUCGCUGCGCUACUCAAUCGGCCGCUCGUCUCGCUUAACCUCUCGAAUCAGACGGAGUCGUCGGACCUUGUUGGCGGGUUCAAACCUGUUGACGCUCGGGUCCCCGGCAUGGAAUUGCUGGAACGUUUCGGAGAGCUCUUCGCAGGGACAUUCAGCAGGAAGAAGAACGCAAGGUUCGAGGAUUCAGUGAGGAAGGCGGUACAAGAGGGCAAGUGGAAACGCGCGGUCGGACUAUGGAGGGAGGCAAUCAAGUUGGCGAAGGAGAAGAUCCAGGAGAGAUUGGCUGAUGAUGCGGGGUAUGUAUACACUUCGCAUGAGAUGUACUCAAAAUUAACGGUGCACUCUCCAAGGUCCCAAUCGCCAAGGUCCCAGCCUCCGAGGGAAGGAGAAGGGCCAAGAAAGCGCCGCAAGCUGGAGCAAGAUGGCUUGAAUGUAUCGGCCGCGGCCUGGGAGGCAUUCGAGGAGGAUUUGCAGACUUUCGAAGUCCAACAUGUACAGGGGAAGAGUAAAUUUGCUUUCGCUUUCGUCGAGGGUCUACUCGUCAAGGCACUGCGUUCGGGGGACUGGAUUCUACUUGAUGAAAUAAACCUUGCCACGCCCGAGACACUUGAAUGUAUAUCGUCUCUUCUACACAGCCCUACGGCGUCGAUCACGUUGACCGAACAGGGCUCGCUAGAGCCGGUCCCUCGUCACCCGGAUUUCCGUCUGUUUGCUUGCAUGAAUCCGGCGACAGAUGUGGGAAAGAGAGACCUCCCACCGAACAUCCGUGCCCGCUUCACGGAGAUUGACGUUCCUCCCCCUGAUGCGGAUAAGGAGACCCUGCUCAGCAUCGUCGACCAGUACAUUGGGCGAUGUGCAGUUGGCGAUCGCGGCGCUGUCCUCGACGUGGCCGAGUUCUACUUGGCUGUCAAGCAGCUUGUUGACGCGCGCAAGAUUGCGGAUGGGUCGAACCACCGUCCAAAUUUCAGUAUGCGUACCCUGGCACGCGCGUUGACCUUUGCAGCCGACAUGGCGAGUACCUUCUCCCUACGACGCGCGCUCUGGGAGGGUUGUUUGAUGACCUUCACUAUGGUCCUGGAUGAGCCUAGCGCAGCGGCAGUUACUGCACUUGCUCAGCGUCACUUACUCGCCGGUGUGCGCAACCCCAGGUCCCUACUCUCCCGUGAACCUACUGCUCCUCAGCCCAUUGACAACUACCUGAAAAUUGGGCCAUUCUAUCUUGAAAGGGGGCCUCUUUCUGAAGAUCCAGCUGAAGGCUACAUCAUGACGCCGUCUGUGGAGAAGAAACUCGUCGACCUCGCACGUAUCAUAUCCGCUAAGCGAUUCCCUGUCCUAAUCGAAGGACCGACGUCCGCUGGUAAAACGAGCUCCAUCGAGUACUUGGCCAAGCGAACGGGCCAUCGCUUCGUCCGAAUCAAUAAUCACGAGCAUACCGACAUCCAGGAGUACAUCGGCUCUUAUGUUUCGGACACAACCACAGGCAAGCUGGUAUUCCAAGAUGGAUUGCUCGUUAGGGCCCUCCGCAAUGGCGAUUGGAUCGUCCUCGAUGAACUCAACUUGGCCCCAACCGAUGUCCUCGAGGCCUUGAAUCGUUUACUGGACGACAACCGGGAGUUGGUCAUUCCGGAGACCCAGGAAAUUGUCCGCCCACACCCCCACUUCAUGCUCUUCGCCACGCAGAAUCCCCCUGGCCUGUACGCUGGCAGGAAGGUCUUAUCUCGGGCGUUCCGCAACCGAUUCCUGGAGGUCCACUUCGAUGACGUACCGCAGGCGGAAUUAGAAACCAUUCUCUGCCAGCGAUGCCGUAUUGCUCCUUCGUACGGCCAGCGGAUCGUCAGCGUGUUUCGGGAGUUGCAAAAGCGACGGCAGUCGUCACGAGUCUUUGAGAGCAAACAUGGGUUCGCAACCCUCCGGGAUCUCUUUCGAUGGGCGCAGCGGGACGCGUUGGAUUACCAAGAACUCGCGGAGAAUGGCUACAUGCUGUUGGCAGAGCGCACCCGCCGGGACGACGACAAGGCUGUGGUCAAAGAAGUCAUCGAGUCGAUCAUGAAAGUCCGCAUCGAUGAUUCGAAGAUGUACGACAUGCAAGGCAAAGGCCAAGAGCUGGAGGAUUUCCUGGGCUGCUCGUUACCUUCCAGGUCGUCACUCGUUUGGACAUCAGCCAUGCAACGACUCUUCGUUCUCGUCACUCGCGCAUUACGCUUCAACGAGCCCGUGUUGCUGGUGGGUGAGACUGGAUGCGGAAAGACUUCUGUAUGCCAGCUGUAUGCGGAGAUAGUCUCAAAGACGCUGCGUACGCUGAAUUGUCACCAGAAUACGGAGACCGCCGACCUCAUCGGAGGCUUGAGACCCGUUCGUAAUCGGUCAGCGCUGGAGUCUGAGACACUGUUGCAGGUCUUGGCCAUCACGCGUGAGCUGGGCAUGCCGGCUCCGGAGCAAGACCAGAAGUCCCUUGCUGCAACAAUUGACCUUCUCACGAAGAGCAGCGCCCUCAACAGCGAGCAGCUAGCGUCGCUACGAGAAGCGAAGGCGAACUUGCGACGGCUCUCUGCCAUUUUUGAAUGGAGAGAUGGACCUCUCGUACAAGCAAUGCGCCAUGGGGAGGUGUUUCUUCUUGACGAAAUAUCUUUGGCCGAUGACUCUGUGUUGGAGAGAAUCAACAGUGUAUUGGAGCCCGAGCGCAGUCUCGUUCUUGCUGAACGAGGAGGGGAUUCUGGGGAGCUCCCGCUACUCAGGGCUGACGGUGAUUUCAAGCUCGUGGCCACGAUGAACCCAGGUGGUGAUUAUGGAAAGAAGGAGUUGUCUCCAGCCCUGAGAAACAGGUUCACCGAGAUUUGGGUGCCCCCGCUCAUCAACAGGCUCGACUUCGAAUCCAUCAUCAACAACCUGUGGCAUGACGAGGACCUCCGACUGUACUCUGCGCCUAUCUUGGACUUUGUGGAAUGGCUGUCUAUCCGAGCGGACGAGUGGUCAAUCAGCAGUAUCCGAGACAUCCUGGUACGUAGAGUUGCCGGACAUCUCGAAGCCUCUGUGGUUGACGAUAUGCUCCUAACAGAGUUGGGUACAUUUCACUAAUACAGUAUAUACCUCAAGCGGCCGCACUUUUCCCUCCGAUGAGAUAUUUCAUCACGCAGCGCAACUGACCUAUCUGGAUGGCCUCGAAUCAUUGCCACAAU